UAAAAUAAGGUGGUCUUUGAAAGUGGUUGCCCAGACCUGCGGUCUGAUGUGUUUAUUAUUAUUGCCUCCAGCAGCAGAGGGCAGGAAUACACCAAGCAUCACACGUAGUGGAACCAUGAGCAGCAGCCUCUCCCACCCUGCUUUGCUGCUUUGCUAUGAGAAUGUGAGCGGGUCCUGUAUGAAGACUCCCUACUCUCCUGCCUCCCAGGUGGUGCUGUAUGCAGCCUUUGGCUCUGGGGCUGUGCUGGCUGUCUUUGGAAACCUCCUGGUGAUGAUCUCAGUCUUCCACUUCAAGCAGCUGCACUCUCCGGCCAACUUCCUCAUCGCCUCUCUGGCCUGCGCUGACUUCUUGGUGGGAGUCACUGUGAUGCCCUUCAGCAUGGUCAGGUCCGUGGAGAGCUGCUGGUACUUUGGAGCUAAAUUCUGUACAUUUCACAGCUGCUGUGAUGCGGCAUUUUGCUACUCCUCUCUCUUCCACCUGUGCUUCAUCUCCGUGGACAGGUACAUGGCUGUUACCGACCCCCUGGUCUACCCCACCAAGUUCACGGGGUCUGUGUCAGGCAUUUGCAUUGCUGUCUCCUGGACUCUGCCCCUGGUGUACUUUGGGACCAUGAUCUACACAGGUGUCAAUGAUGAUGGGAUGGAAAGUUUAGUAAGUGCUCUCAACUGUGUAGGUGGCUGUCAAAUAGUUAUCAAUCAAGAUUGGGUUUUGAUAGAUUUUCUGUUAUUCUUCAUACCUACCCUUGUUAUGAUAAUCCUUUAUAGUAAAAUUUUUUUGGUAGCCAAACAACAAGCUAUAAAAAUUGAGAGUACUGUGGGUGCUUCCUCAGAAUCAGCCUCAGAGAACUACAAAGCCCGUGUAGGCAAGAGAGAAAGAAAAGCUGCCAAAACUCUGGGCAUCACGGUGGUAGCUUUUAUCAUCUCCUGGCUACCAUAUACCAUUGAAACAUUGAUUGAUGCUUUUAUGGGGUUCAUCACACCUGCCUAUAUUUAUGAGAUUUGCUGCUGGUGUGCUUAUUAUAACUCAGCCAUGAAUCCCUUGAUUUAUGCUUUGUUUUAUCCUUGGUUUAGAAAAGCCAUAAAAGUUAUUUUAAGUGGGGAAAUUUUAAAGGACAGUUCAUCAACAAUGAGUUUAUUUUCAGAAUAA